GGCACAUCUUUAUUAAAGAGGUGAUAUAAAAUGCAGUAACCCUGACAUUAUUCUUUCUCUAGAUGGGCCCACUCUGAAGCAAGUAUUAUACUAUUUCUCACCGUGAGCUCCUAAACUUGACUGCCUUAUUUCCCACGAAACAAGUCCAAAGAGGUAUAAAACGUGAAAACAGAGCCCAGCCUUCAAAGUUGAACGAAAUCAUUUUAUUUUUUCUGUAACCAAAAAAUCAGAGCCUCCGUUGGCAGAAGAAGAAAGAAAAACCCCACAACAUCAACAGCCGCCAUGAAAAAGCUCUACAACAAGAAAGGCAAAGUCCACCCAACUCCAUCGCCGCCUUCCAUAGCCGAUCCUCUGGCUCUGCUCCCCGCAGCCAUUCUCACCCUAACCGCAGCCCUAUGUGAUGAAGACAAGCAGGUCCUCGCCUACCUCAUCUCCUGCACCAACAACAACAACAACAACUCAGGCAGCAAAUUCUGCACAACCCACGAGCCCAACAGGAGAGGAGGCGAGGCUGGUGGGCCCCGGCCCCACCUGCACCCUCCUCUGUUCCAGUGCGACUGCUUCAGGUGCUACACGAGCUUUUGGGCGCGCUGGGAUGCUUCGCCCAAUCGCCAGCUGAUACAUGAGAUCAUAGAGGCUUAUGAGGAGAGGCUGGCGGAGAAGAAGAAGAAGCUGAGGAGCUCAAAGGUGAGGAAGGCAGAGAGAAGGAAGAUGAACAAAGUUGGUGAUGAUGAAUUAAUUAAAGGCAGCAGGGGAAAUGGUCACAUGGGUUCUCGGGAAUUAGGGCAAGUGAUGAUGGAGGAGGUGGAGGUGGGCCCAGAUGUUGUUGUUGUUGAAAUGGACGGUGGUGAUUGCUCUGGUGAUGAUGAAGGCUCUGAAGUUGGGAUGGAGAAGGGGACCAUGAGGAGGCUGGUGAGUUUCAUUGGGGACAGGAUUUGGGGUGUUUGGAAUAGGGCUUAGUUCUGUCCUCAACACAGAUAAGUUCCUAAUUACCAAGUUAUUUCCCUGUUUCAAUUUUUUUUUAAUCCCUUUUUGUAAAUUACCCAUCUCUUGUUAAUUUGGGUUUUGGUAUUGCUUUUAGUUCUUGUUUUUUUUUCCAAGAUAGUUUUACUAGACUGGAUAUAAAUUCCAAUCUGGUGAUGAAUUUUGGAUUAUUAGAAGGGUGUUCCUCUUGUAAAUGAUCUGUGUUUCGCUUCAUAUGUGAGAUUGAUGAUGUAUGAUUCAUCUGCAAUAACAUUUUUGCAGCAUUUAUCUUUCUGCAUUGAGGUCACUACGUUUUACUUUAUGUUUCUGCUUAAUUGAGGAGAUUAUUAUUAUUUUUUUAAUUUUAAGAAUAUUGCAGGCUGCAGCCAUAGUCAUAAGUAGCAGAAAAAAAGUGAUAGCAAUAUUUUGUUAUUCCGGCCGAUCACAGAAUGUCAGGUGACAAAGUUAUUAAGCAUGGCAUAUCAUGAUUGGUCGAAUAUAGCAAAAUAAUGUUAUCUUCUUUCAUGUAAGUAUUUCUCCAUAAGUAUAUUGUGUUUUAAUUUAAUAAAAUUAUCAUUAAUU